AAGAGUUAUCGCCUCUCCCUCGUCUCGACCUCUGCACCCAUGGACGAAUCCGUCGACGAGGGACUGAAACUGUUACCAAAAGUCAGUGACAUUGGGAGGGUUACUGUUACGGGAUAUGACACUAGGCUGACACCUCAUGAAGAUGUCGAGAGUGCGCUGAGAAAGCAUUUCAAUUCAUGUGGAGAGAUCACGGAUGUUUAUGUUCUCAAUAGUCGAGCUCAUAUAUAUCUUGUGGGGAAAGGCGUAGUCCCUAAGGCCUUGCAGCUUAAUGGAAGUGAUGUGGGAGGAUGGAAUGUCUCUGUUAAGCCUUUUCCGUUUUCUGAAAAUGCAAACGAUAACGUUGUGGUAAAAGUUGAAGGAUAUGACACUUCCCUUAGUGAGAUUGAUAUCCAGAGCGCUUUGUGUAAGCUGUUCUCUUCAUACGGAACGAUCAAGGAACUCCUUUUUAGCCAAGGCCAUGCACUGGCUAAUAUAUGUGGUAAAGACAUUGCUGAUAAGGCGCCUGAACUUGAUGGGAGCGACAUGGGAGGACGCAAAAUAGCUGUUCGAGUGCUUUAUAGACCGAGAAUACACACUACACACAUGCGCCGCUGCUACGACGAUCAACCUCCUUUUCUCCCACCAAGAACUGCACUUAUUUCCGGUACCUCUACCAGUGAUGCAGCCAUUACACAAAGCAGGAGUGAAAGCUACAAGACUCCAGAUAUCCCUGUUGAGAAGAAAAGGAAGCUAAGUGAGGAACAGGCUACAACCACAUUAAAGAGCAAAGCUAUUCCUAGUAGUGUUGAGAAGCAAACACCUGAUCUAGCUGGGCUCGUUGUUGAUGAUAUAUGCUUGGGAAACGGCAAGAAAGCUCAUCCUAGAAAAAUGGUUACUGUCCAUUAUACUGCAAAGCUUCAGGAAAAUGGGAGCAUGUUAUAUUCCACUCAUGGAAAAUUCCCUCAUCAGUUUCGUCUAGGUGUUGGAGGUGUCAUUCCGGGAUUGGAUAUUGGGGUUAUUGGCAUGUGUGUUGGUGGCAGAAGAAAGAUUACAGGUCCUCCAGCAAUGGGGCAUGGUGCGGAAGGUUAUUUGGACUUUAUUCCUCCUAACGCUUGGCUGGUGUAUGAUGUUGAACUCAUUAAAGUAAAAUAAAAACUUGCUUGGAAACCUUGGCAAGAUUGAAUACAUUCAUAAUUUUAAGUUUGUUUAGGUAUAUUCUAGCUCCCCUGUACUGAUGGGGAGUUUUCUUGCUUUAUUGUUUGGGACAUUUUGUGUACCUACCUAGCUAAUUGUUAGUUAUCUUGACUUUUACUAGUUA